ACUGAGAAAAACGUUGCUUUUCUCUAAUUGUUGCUAAAGGCAUGAAGAUCCUCUGAGUGAGAACAUGGAGCUGGACAACAUUUACUCCAAUCUGAAUUAUGAUCAACUGAAACAAGACAGGAAACAGCAAAACCUAAAAUCAGGUCAUGGAGGUGUUCAAUCAACAGAGUCUGUCCAAGGAAAAUGGUCACCUCUCGUUAUCUAUAUUCUCCUGAGUCUCUCCAUCCUGCUGUCCUUGGGGAUGCUUAUCACUGCAGUGAUACUCUUCACACAGCGGCCCACUGACAUGAAAAGUUUCGAAACUGACUUCAAGAUGGAUCUAGCCCAAUUGCAACACAACGUCACACAGCUGUCCACUGACAUGAAAAUUUUAGAAACUGACCUCAAGAUGGAUCUUGUCCAAUUGCAACGUAAUGAACUGCUUUGGAAGUGUCCCGAACACUGGAGGCGAUUCCAGCAAAACUGUUAUUACUUUUUAUCAGAAAGCAAGAACUGGACAGAGGCCCAGAGGUCCUGUGCAUUGCUGGAUGCCAAUCUUGUUGUCAUUAACAAGCCUGAGGAACAGGCAUUUGUAGAAAAAUGGCUUGCAAACAAUGGCUACUGGAUUGGACUCAGACAGACAGUCUCGGAAGGUGACUGGCGCUGGGUAGAUGGAACGGAUUAUACUUCCUCUGUAAAGUUUUGGGGGAGCGACCAGCCCAAUGAUAAAGACCAUCAAGGAGUAGAUGAAGACUGUGUCGUGACUCAUGAAAAUGCAGGGUGGCAUGAUUGGCCCUGCUAUUCACUUCACUACUCAAUCUGUGAAAAAUCAGCAUAAUAUUGUUUUCUUUAAUGCUGCAUUUAAUAAACGUUGA